CCGCGUUCUAGAAUAACCGGUCCCUGCCAGUAUCCAAAAAUCAGCACACGCUCCCGUACCAGUCCACCACCAUCCCGCCGUAACUGUCACCGCGCCAGCCAGCUUUAUUCCUCCCCAACCCCACCUCCAGUCUCACUCUCACCUUUUCGGUUUUGGGCGUGCUCGGGAAUAUGGCGAACCCAAGGUGCUUCCUCGACAUAACCAUUGGAGGAGAGAGGGAAGGGAGGAUAGUGGUGGAGCUUUUCAAAAAUGUGGUCCCCAAAACCGCCGAGAACUUCCGGGCACUCUGCACCGGCGAGCGCGGCGUUAGCCCUCAAACCGGCGUCACACUCCACUAUAAGGGGACUUGCUUUCACCGCAUACUGAGAGGUUCAAUGAUACAAGGCGGCGAUGUUUCUGCCGGAAACGGAACUGGCGGAGAAUCCAUUUAUGGUCUGGCUUUUGAAGACGAGAACUUUGAGUUGAAGCACGACCGGAAGGGGACGGUAUCUAUGGCCAAUGCUGGUCCGAACACAAAUGGCUCUCAGUUUUUCAUUUCUACAACUCAACAGUCUCAUCUGAACGGAAAAAAUGUGGUGUUUGGUAAGGUCGUCAAGGGGUUGGGCUUGGUUCGGAUUAUUGAACGGGUGCCCAUAGGGGAAAUGGAUUGUCCAGAUCUUGAGGUGCGCAUAGAGGAUUGUGGUGAGAUUCCAGAAGGGGAGGAUGAUGGAACGUGUAACUAUUUUAAGGAUGGCGACACUCUUCCUGAAUGGCCACUUGAUCUUGAUGUUAAACCAGAUGAUGCCCCUUGGUGGAUUAAUACUACUGGAAAUAUCAAGGAUUUUGGAAAUGAACACUUCAAGAAACAAGAUUAUAAAAUGGCUAUAAGAAAGUAUUACAAGGCUAUACGAUACUUGGAUAUCUGCUGGGAAAAGAGUGGAAUUGAUGAAGUGAGUGCUGAGUUCUUGAGGAAGAUGAGGUCUCAUAUUUUUUCGAAUUGCUCUGCAUGUAAAUGUAAACUUGGGGACUUUGAAGGGGCACUAUUUGAUGCUAACUCUGCUAUUUCUGAUGUUAAAGAUAAUGCAAAGGCUUUUUAUCGCCAAGGGCAGGCAUACUUGGGGCUCAAUGCCAUAGAUGCAGCAGCUGAAAGUUUUACAAAAGCUUUGGAAUUGGAGCCCAAUGAUGGUGGUAUAAAGAAAGAGCUUGCUGCUGUAAGGAAGAAGAUUGCUGAUAGGCAAAACCAGGAGAAGAAAGGUUACUCAAAAAUGUUCCAAUAGAUUGGGCGACAGUUAUAAGGGAUAUACUCUUUCAGAAUCUCAAAGCCAUUUCUGGUUGCAAAUGUUCAUAGGCCAAUGCUUGAACAGAAAUUUUGUUUGAACUUGCAAAGCUACAUGGGGUAGAGAGUAGGUUAUUAUGCAUUGUUGCAAUUAAGAAGACUUGCUGAGUGAUGAUUUAAUAUCAUCACUGUCUCUGAGUGCUUUACAAUGUCUUUAUCACAAAUACUUUCUCUCUUUCAUUUCUCAUCAGUCAUGGUACAAUAUGCUGGAAAAUCUUAAUAUUUAGUGAAUACAGAAUUAUGUGUUCCAUGAAGUAACAACUCAAUAUUAAGCAUUGUGGAAUCUAAUCAUUUCAGUUGUG